AUGGAUAAUGAGAUCAAUAAUUAAGAUUAAUAAUAACAAUAAUUUCUAGAUGAAGAAAGUAUUAAACCAUAAAAUUUAUUCACUAAUCAACUUAUUACUUCUAAUAGAAGAAGUUACACAAAUUUUUCUUAAUCUUAACUCAUUUAAUCAAAUCUCUCUUAAUUAUUAGAAAAAGUGUUUAUGCAUAUUAUAUCUGAGUAAUUAAUAGAAAUGGGUUCUUUUAUAGUUAUAGACAAAUGUGAUCUAGAAUUAUUUUGCUAAAGACUUUCUGUCUAACCGCUUAAAGAUUUUAUUUAUAAUUAGGAUAGCUCUAAACUACAUUAUUAGUAAUUGUAGCAUUAUCAAAAUUAUGAAAAAGAUUUGGAAACAAUUAAAGAACAGAUUGACCCUAGAAAAUUAAGAAUAAUGAUUUUAUAAUGCCAUAAACUUGUUGUAACUUACAAAUCCAUUCAAUAAUUAAUUAACAAAUUUAAAGUAUAGAUUUAUGCUAGUUCAAUUGAUAGUGAAUUAAGUAGGUUGCAGUGUUAUAAUCUUUUAGAAAAAAUUUAACAAGAACUUUCUUAAAUAUAGAAAUAUCAUGAUAUUGUAAAAUCAAGAUUAGCAGAAAAAAAUGAAAUUGCUUAAUUUUUAAAUUAUCCAAUCAAAGAUGUCUAUAAAUAAGAAAUAAAGCGUUAAUUUUGUUUAUUAUUCAUCUAAAAAGAUUAAUAAUACUAAAUAUUAAAAUAGAAAACAGAAGUUUAACCAACUCUAACAAUUAAUAAAAAACUUCCUAAUCAUCGUUAAUCUACUCUAAUUUUAUUAAAGCCUGGAAAACAUGUGUAAUCUAUUUCGAAUGAUAAUAGAAUUAAUGAAGAAAUAUCUAUUAAAAGUAAAAUUACUUAACAUUUUUCCUCCAUUGAUAAAAGAGUGAAUGAUACAAUGUCAUAAAGACAAUUGUCAUUAUUAUAAAAAUAUAAAACUAAAUUUUCUGCAACAUUAUAUGAUUCAUUCACUAUGAAGUUAAUAGAAAAUAUUUAUUUAUCCAUUUAAACUAAUUUUAUAGUUAAUAAUAUCGAUGAAAUACUUGAAAAUUAUAAUGACCACAUUAAUCUAUAGCAAUUAUAAUAAAUUAUAAAAUUACUAAAAACAAAAAUAUGUAUUAAUAUAUUUGAGUAGAUUGUAAAUACUAAAUAAAUUUAACUUAAUGAAGAAAUGUGUAGUAAAGAUCUUAAAGUUAAAUGUAAAUAAGAUCUAAAAAUACUCUCUGAUAUUUUUACUUAAGAUCAACUUAUAAAACUUCAUUAAAAUAUUCAUCAAUUAAAUUAAAUGACAAGUGUAUAUUUAAAUUAAUUAGAUAAUAUAAUUCAUUAAAUAUUAGAUGAAAAUAGAAAUUCAAGUGAUUUUGAUUCGUUAUAAACAUCUAUUAAUGUAUUUAAAGUAACUGAUGAUAUUAUUUCUAAAAUUUAUGGUUAAACUUUAUUAAUGUUGAAAUACAUUCAAAAUAAUAGCAUUAUUUUAUUGUAGUCUUUAUCAAACUUUCUAUCAAAAACUCAUUUUUCAGAAUAACACAUACUCCUUUAUCCAUUUUAAUAAUUGGCAUCAGCAAUCAAUAAGACUAUUAAUUAAGUAUUGCAUUAAGCUUAAAAUGAAAUUGUAAGUAAUCUCUUAUUUGAAACAUAUAUUUCCAUUAUAUCAAAGCAUAUCAUAGAUAGAAGAUAAAUAUACAUUGAAUAAUUGAAUAUUUAAAGCAAAUAGAUCAUGUUGUAAAUUUCAUAAAUAAUUUAAGGAAAAUUAUUAAAAUAAUAGAUUCAAUCAUAUUCGUAAUAAAAUGUUUAAUUAUAUGAUCUUAAUGAAAUUUAAUAAUCUAUUGAAUGGUUAUUUGACUAACAUAUUCUAAAGAAACAAAUUAAUAGAAAAAUUGAUUCUAUUGAAGAAUUUUCUUUUUUUAUAUCAUAAAUAAUUUCUUAGAUAAAAGCUCUCUUUGAAGAAGAAUUCUUUAAUGAAAAUAUUAAAUACAAUAGAAUUUCAACUUAAUUAUAACUUUUUGAAAACUAUGUUAAAUAAGAAAUAAUGAAAAAACCUUCAGAAUAACAACUCAAAAUUUAAUGGUCUAACAAAAUCUUUAGACUUUUCCAUAAAAUCAAUAAUGAAAAUUUACCAACAUCAAGAGCAACGACUAGAAGAAAAUAAACAACUGAACCAAAACCUUUAGAUAAUCAAACCUCCUUAUAAAGUCCAAUACCAUCUUUGUAACAAUAAAAACUCACAUUUUUUAAGUAGAGUAUUUAUGUUAAAGGAAAUCGAACACAUAUAUAGUAAACUGAAAGAUUAACAUAGUCCACAGUAAAGUUUAAAGAUUAUAAAGAAUUGGAAAAAAAAUUAAGUUGA